GGCUGCGCAUGCGCAGUGCCAUGCGAAGCGCCGCCCGCCUUAUGGCCGCCGCCGUGGGCACCGGGAGAGCGGCCGGGUCCGGGCCCAAGCGGCCGCGGCCCGAGCCCGCCCCCGCCCCGCGUAUCGGCACCCACGACGGCACCUUCCACUGCGACGAGGUGCUGGCGUGCUACCUGCUACGCCUCCUGCCCCGCUACCGGGACGCGGAGGUGGUGCGCACCCGGGACCCCCAGCGCCUGGCCCAGUGCGACGUGGUGGUGGACGUAGGGGGUGAGUACGACCCCGAGCGACAUCGCUACGACCAUCACCAGAGGUCCUUCGCGCAGUCCAUGCGGAGCCUCCGGCCCGACAAGCCCUGGACCACGAAGCUGAGCAGCGCCGGGCUGGUCUACUGCCACUUCGGCUCCCAGAUCCUCGCAGGGCUCCUGGGACAGCCGGAGGAUGACCCCGUCGUGAAGGUGCUCUACGAUAAGCUGUACGAGAACUUUGUGCAGGAGAUCGAUGCCAUCGACAACGGCAUCGCGCAGGCGGAGGGCGAGCCCCGCUACGCCCUCACCACCACCCUCAGUGCCCGCGUGGGCCACCUGAACCCCCGCUGGAACGACACCGACCAGGACACUGAGGCGGGGUUCAAGCGGGCGAUGGAGCUGGUCGGGGGUGAGUUCAUGGACCGGUUCGACUACUACCACCGUGCCUGGCUGCCCGCGCGGGCGCUGGUGGAGGACGCCAUCCGGCGACGCUUUGAGGUGGACGUGAGCGGGGUGGUGCUGGAGCUCCCGCAGGGUGGCUGCCCCUGGAAGGAGCACGUCUUCAGCCUGGAGCAGGAGCUGGCGCUGCCCGACCCCCUCCAGCUGGUGCUUUUUCCCGACCGCAGCGGGCAGUGGCGGGUGCAGAGCGUCCCGGCGGGGCCACAUACUUUCCAGAGCCGCCUCCCUCUCCCCGAGCCCUGGCGAGGUGUCCGGGACGAGGAGCUGUCCCAGCUCACCGGCAUCCCUGGCUGCGUCUUCGUACACGCCAGCGGCUUCAUCGGAGGCAACCGCACGCGUGAGGGGGCGUUGGAGAUGGCCCGGCGGACGCUGGCGCAGCGGCACGAAGGGGGAGCAUAGAGCAGAUGAGCCCCCUCCCAUCGUGGUCACCCCAAAAGGGACCCCUUGCUCAGUGGGGGGGAUUCCAGGGACUGCUGCUGGGGAUGACUGAGACCGUCCCUGCUCAGCACAUGGAAUGAGAUCGCAGCGGGACGCUAUAAUGGCGCUGGCUGGCUGGGGGGGGGCCAAGCUGCCCCUGGGGGUGUCACUGCUCCCAGUCCCAGUGUUGGAUUGGUGCGAGCCCAGUCAGAGCCUAAACCAAGAGACUUUUUGGAUUCAUUUCUCUGAAGAUUGUCCCCAUUCCUGUUAUGUGUCUGCUGCUGAUGGGUUCCCAAUGCCAGUAAAACCCAGUGUGUUCCCA